UCAUCUCAAACGGCUCUCUUCACACCAGUUUUCUCCUCGAAUAAUAGUUCCCAGUUGCCACCGGCAACAAGUGAUCUGUCGCUAACAGCUCUUUACUCCACUCUCUAAUUCUUGUGCUCAUCGCCUUCAUCUUCUGUUGGGUCGCUCUUCUUUCUUCCCAAUCCAGCUCGCUCUCACCAACUCCCCAAAAAUAUAUUCGAACACAUUCUGCUUCAUCUCCUUCUCAUUUGUUUCUAAUCCCUAUUUCCUGUUUUUUUGACAAUUUAAGCAAAAGCUACAAAUUUGAUAACCAGAUCUAACCGUUAUGUCUUCCCUCAAUACUUCUCCGCAACUCUGUUAACGUUUUAUUGUUCUGCUCCUGCCAUUCUUUUCCUUAUUUUGCCUUAGUUCUGCUGGGUUUCUUUCUGAACGGAGAUGGAGAAGAAACAGGGCUUCUUCUCAGCUUUGAAGGAGGAAGUUGUGAGAGGUCUUUCACCGGGCAAAUCGAGGUCAAGGUUUCGCUCGCGGUCUGAGAGUCCAGCGAGAAGCAUUUCUCCGAUGGUUGGCCUUUUGCUUCCUCGCCGGAGAAAGAGCCACCAGAGCAGCCAUUCUUUCUCCAACCUCCCGGAGCCGUUUAUAGGUAGAUCCGGCAGUUUUCGGCCGGUGGGAGAAGCUCUCGCGCCGUUAAUGGAGGGGCCUGAUCCUUACGCCGCCGACGACUUCCCCGGUGCCUCCGGUGACUCCAGGAAGGAGGGAUGGGGGCAAUGGGUUCGAGGUCAGCUUUCUCGCACUCCCUCUGUUUCCCCCGCCGCUACCGGCGUUGGUGGAAGCGGUUAUCGUCGCUCCGACCUCCGCCUUCUACUUGGUGUCAUGGGAGCUCCCCUUGUUCCCAUUCACGUCAGCUCUCUCGAUCCUUUUCCUCAUCUCAGUAUCAAGGACACUCCAAUAGAGAGCUCGUCGGCGCAGUACAUUCUUCAGCAGUACAUGGCGGCGUCCGGUGGGAUGAAGGUGCAGAGCUCCAUCCGCAACGCGUAUGCGAUGGGGAAGCUCAGGAUGGUGGCGGCGGAGUAUGAAACAGCAAAGAAAGUGACCAAGAACAGGGGCUCGCCGGUGGAGUCCGGUGGCUUCGUGCUGUGGAAAAUGGCUCCUGAUAUGUGGUACGUCGAGCUCGCCGUCGGUGGGAGCAAAGUGCACGCGGGUUCCAACGGUAAACUCGUCUGGCGUCACACUCCUUGGCUCGGCGCGCACGCCGCUAAAGGUCCCGUUCGGCCACUUCGCCGCUCACUUCAGGGCCUUGAUCCGCUGACUACGGCGAGCAUGUUUGCCAAUGCGCGAUGCAUUGGCGAGAAGAAGAUCAAUGGCGAGGAUUGCUUCAUUCUUAAGCUAACAGCCGACCCGCAGACACUGAAAGCGAGGAGUGAGGGAACAGCGGAGAUCAUACGGCACGUUCUUUUCGGCUACUUCAGCCAAAAAACCGGACUUUUGAUUCACAUGGAGGAUUCCCACCUAACUCGAAUUCAAUCCACCGCCACCGGAGGCGACACUGUAUACUGGGAGACAACCAUCAACUCCUUCAUGGACGACUACCGCCCCGUCGAAGGAGUCAUGAUAGCUCACUCCGGCCGCUCCAUCGUCACCCUGUUUCGCUUCGGAGACGAAGCAAUGAGCCACACGAAGACCAGAAUGGAAGAAGCAUGGACAAUCGAAGAAGUUGCUUUCAAUGUUCCCGGCCUCUCAGUAGACUGCUUCAUUCCCCCAGCCGAUAUACGCUGCGGCCUAAUCAGCGAAGCCAACGAGCUGCCGCAUGGAGAGAGGGGGAGGAGCAACAGCACCGCCAUUACCGGUAAUCACAGAGCAAAAGUUGCAGCUUUGGAGAGAUCUCAAGAUGCAGGGGUGAGCAAUGUUGUUUGGAAAAUGGAAAUGUAGUUCUAUUCGUCGUUGAAAUUUCUAUUCUUUCUAGAACUUUUUAAAAUGUACUACUAACUGCUAAUCAUUAGAGGUUAGCAGUGUUUAAGAUGAGGGGGGUGGUGAGGGUGUGUACUCUGUAUAAUGUUUAACUGCUUGUGCUAAUUUCUAUCGCUGAUGGGUGGGGAGAAGAACUGGGAAGAAGAAGAUGAUGGCCACCAAAUAUGACUGUUUUAGAAAUCUUUCGUUUCUUCUUCUGCGCAAAAUUCGAGUUUUGUUUCAGCGCGGGGUUCCUGACUUUCUGUAAAAGAUUUGUGGAUCAAUUGAAUGCAUCUGUGCGAUAUUUUUUUCUCUUUU